AUGGGGGUCGAUAGGGGGUUGUUCAAGUUGAAUAUAUUUCUCCGCCAACCUUGUGGUCGGAGCUCUUAUAAUGUCUCCCCAGUGGUGGAUGAUGAAACUCUGGAGAUAAUGUAUGAUGUAUGGAACGAAAUUGUUCCAUACAUCGCAGAACUUUAUAUCGAGAAGGAGGAAAUAUUCCAAAAUCCUCGAGUCACCGGGACAUUCAUUUCACCAAAUACCAAUUGUGGUCCGAUGAUGUCGCUUGUCCAUGCAUGCAUAGAUCCAACAAGGUUUCGACCAAACUUUAGUACAUCAGUACCUGAGACAGCAUCGGUAUCACAAUUGGCCAAGGGGGAUUGUGUUAGGGAUUCGUUAGAGCCACGUCUUCCAUCAGGCUUAAGGACGGAUGUUGAAUCUGUUCAAGGCCUAAACUCGAUUCAAAGUUUUAGAGAUCGAGAAUCACCGGAACAUGUUGGUAGUUAUGGCUUGGAUUUCACUGCCGGUCCAAGUCAUUGUAACAGCCCCCUAGCUGAUGAUUCAGAGCAUGAUGUGGAAGAUGUACAGAAAUCUGAGUCGGUUGAUGUGUCAGGCAGUGACUCAGAUGGCGAAAUUGAACAACGUGGAGUCCACCAGGAUGUCGAGAACCAUCAGCCCUUUGAUGCAUUUGGCAACCUCUCAUAUGCUCCACGAGGAUUGAAAUUUUUCUCUAAUCUUGGAAACAUAGAUGAUGACGAGCAUCUCACUGAUGAAAGUGAGUUGGAGCGCAAUGUGAUAUUCAGUGAGGAGAAAAAUAAUAUAAGGAUGCAUAUGAGAUUUGAAAGCAAACAACAGCUGAGCAGGGCUAUUAGAAUGUGGUCUAUCAAUAAUAAUAGGGAGUUCAGGGUUGUUGAGAGUAAGAGUAACACCUGGGUUGCCAAAUGUAAAUCUGCAGUUCAAAGAAGUUUCACCACUGCGGCCGACUCAUCGGAACCUCCAUGCGACUGGUGUGUCCGAGCAGUGAAAAAAAAGACACAUGGAUUGUGGCAAAUAACUAAGUGGGUGAACGAUCACAAUUGUCUAGGUGAUUUGAUCAGUAAUAGCAAUGCUAGCCUCACAUCGUCGGUUAUUACUAGACACAUUGUUCAUAACAUUGAAGACGAUCCUGGGUACAAAGUAAAGAGUAUAGUAAGUCAUGUUAAAGAAGUGCUGAAGGUGGAUGUUUCUUAUAAAAAUGCUUGGUACGGCAGACGCAAAGCUAUUGAACUUGUAUUUGGUUCUUGGGAUGCCAAUUUUGCCGACCUACCAAGAUAUGUUGAUGCACUUAUGAAGUCAAAUCAGGAUACUGUGAUCAGGUGGUUGCACCGUUCUGAUAGUACGGAUCACGUGAAGACAUUUAAAUAUGUGUUCUGGGCCUUUGGACCGGCUAUUGAUGCAUUUCACAUGUGUCGACCGGUUAUAUGUGUUGAUGGCACGCAUUUGCGUGGCGAAUAUAAAGGCAAACUACUUGUUGCAGUCACGCAAGAUGCCAACAACAGGAUUAUUCCAAUAGCUUAUGCCAUUGUCGACGAAGAGACUAUUUCUAAUUGGUCUUGGUUCAUGGAGCAAUUUAGGUACCACGUGGCCCGUGAUCGGUGUCCUAUUUGUGUCAUUUCAGAUCGGCAUAAUGGUAUCAUUCAUGCCAUGACACAUUUUGACUAUUGGCAGGAACCUUUGGCAUUUCAUAGGUAUUGCCUGCGACACGUUAGGAGUAACCUAAUGACUCACUUCAAAGGUUUGCACCUAAAAAGGUUGUGUUGGGCAAUGGGAAGAGCCAGACAAUUGCGCAAGUGGCGGGCAUUCAAACGGGAAUUGCGGAGCACGUUUCCAGGCGCAUGGACUUAUCUGUCUAACAUUGAAAUCGAAAAGUGGUGUCUAACACAUGACGGUGAGCAUCGGUGGGGUAUUUUGACAACCAACAUAUCCGAAAGUUAUACUAAUGUACUUAGAGAAGCACGUCAUUUGCCUAUCCGGGCUUGUAUUGAUUUGACUUUUCAUCGGACAGUUGAGUUGUUUAAAACAAGAAGGGAGGAGGCCAGACAUUGCCGUAAUCCAUUUCCUCCUAAGAUAUGGCGGAAGUUUAAGAAUUCGGAUCAGAAAGCGGGAUGUCACAGGGUUGUUGAGUUCGAUGGCUCUUCCGGGGUGUAUAAAGUUGUUACAGGCCGACGUGUGGAUGGCAAAGGGGGUAAUACACAAACGGUCAAAUAUUUUGAAAACACUUGCUCUUGUGGUAAGUGGCAGUGUUACAGACUGCCCUGUUCGCACGUGUUGGCUGUGUGCAGGCAUCGAAGGGAUAAUCCAGGAGCGCUUGUAGACCCUCAGUUCACAAAAAGGCGAUGGGCAGUGCAGUAUUCAGGAAAGUUUAACCCUUUGCCACAUCGGGAUACUUGGCUCCAACCAGAUUGGGAGCUGCAGGCAGAUAGAAGUAAAUAUGUUGCCCGUCGGGCGGGAAGGAUACGAGCUAGAAGAAUUCGAAAUGAGAUGGAUGAGAGAGACCUUGAGGAACUAAGAAGGUGUACAAAUUGUCAUCAGUCGGGCCACAAUUGA